GGCUCUGCUCGGCUCCACCACCACCACCGGCUGGCUUCGUGCUGCCUCCUGUGGAUUGGAAAAUCCAGGCCUCGGCUGCCUGGCGAGCCUCCAUGCAGCAGGGACCUGGUGAGCUCCAGGGUGGUGGCCCCGAGGAGCCGGGCUGGUCGCCAGCACUGCAGGGAGUGCUGGGCUAAGCCUUCCCCACGUGAGGCACUAAUUAUUGUUAAUGGGAAGCCUCGUGGGGCACGGACCUGCUCACUGCUCUGAGAUCUGUCUGCAAUCGUAGGAAGGCGAAGGAACGUCAAACUCCAGCUCCCUUCCUCGGUCUGCAUUCCAAGGGUUGCAAACAAAUCUUGCCAAAUCAGCUCUUCCAAAUUUGCAAGGAAAGGAGGGAAUCUGUGUGUCUGUUCCUUUGGCUGAGAUUAGCUUUUAUUCAUGCGCUGCUUUCUGGGUUUAACACGUUGGUGAAUGGUUUGUGAAAGGAGCGGGGCCAUGUGUGAGGCUGGGCUGGUGCACUGUGUGCGUGGCUGCAGCCCUCUCCAGCCCCAGUCACCCACCCUGGUGCCAGCAGGCUGUGCUGGAAGGUGCCAGCGAACCCACUGCAGAUCUGGGCUCUCCACGCCUGUACCAGAGAGCUGCAGGGAAGAUGUGGCUUUGUGCCCCAUGGCAAAGGUGCUGUUGGGCAUCCCUGGUGCUGUUGGUGUGGUUUGAGCAAAGGUGAGGCGUGCUGCAUCAGGGCGUCGUGCAGGCUGUGGUGUUGUGAAGUUAUCACUUUUAUUAGCAGAACACUCUGCAGCCUUCAGUCUGUGUGCAGCAAGGCUGGCUGGCUCCUCAGGACAACCCUGCUGCUUUUCAUCACGCAGAUCAGCACAUGGAGGAGAGCGGCACACACGUUUUUAUUUUAUGGCUCUGUCCCAGGUGACGGCCUCACACGCUCAGGUCAGUCUGCAUGAUGAGUCACAUCGCUGCAUCUUUGUUGCCUGGCUCCACAUUGCUGGCAUACCCAGAGCUUCCAGCGCCUUCUCUGGGCAAUCAGGCAGGGCAGGACCCAGCCCAGGCCAACAGGCAGCUCAGCUCCCAUGUGGGGACCAGCUCGGUAGAGGCUGGUUUUGGCAGUCCCAGCAGAAAGCCAGCUUGAGUCCAUGCAUCCUGGUGAUGCAAACUGCAUUCUCUGUGAAUGGAUGCUGGCUUGUUUGCGGUUGGGUGAAUGCACAAAGAGAAGCGUUUAUGUAAAAUAAAUGGCAUUGUAAUCGUACAUGGAAAGUAAAAGGUUUUGAUUUAUUUUGGCUCAGAUGGGGGCUGCGUUUACAGCUUUUCCAAUUUGAUCCCAGUGGCUUUUCCUCCUCGCGUGACUCUGGCACUGGAAUCAUCUGUGUCCUGUGUUUUCAUGUAUGGUCUGGCUCCCGUGAUGAGGAAAUUUGAUUAAACAGUUUGGGAUGCUGAAAACCACUGGGGUAAUAAUUUCUUAUUGUGCUUGUGUGAAAGGUGUAAGGUAGCCUUAAAGACCCACUGCCACCUUAUGGCAGUUGCUGAAAGCAGCCUCAUCUGAGCCAAUUCUGUACGCACAUCAUGCUUGCUUUAUUUCUCUGCUCUUCUUAACUAGUGAUAUUUGCAUGAAGGCAAGAGCUUUGUUUUUAGAGAGUUCAUCUGCUCCUUCUGUUCCUUGCAGCAAUGUAUAAUGUCAGUGGAAUCGCUUAUAGAGCCAUCAACUGUGGUGCUGCGAUGCAGGAGUUCAUGAUUUGGGGAGGGAGAGAAAAGCACCACGAAGAGCUCAUUCUCUCCCAAUGAAGAGCGUGCUUAUUUUCACGUGAAUGCCCUAAUGCUUUAAAAAAAAGAGGUGUGAGGUCAAAGAACAGGGAGCCUCGGAGCACGUGAGGCUGGUGGGCAGAGCCCUGGUGUUCCAGCAACGCAGUGCAGCAGAAGCGAGGUUGAAUGUGAGCGGCCAUUUUCCUGCUGCUCUGCUGGCAGAGGACUGCUAAUAAGCAGCGUGGCUUUGUGCUGCUCCCAUCCCACCUCCCAGCCCCCAAACAACCCCAUAAACCGUUUGUUGAGCAAACUGGGAGCGUGGCUGAUGCAGAAAGCUUGCUUGCUGUUGCUGAGAUGGGCUGUGCAAGCAAUGUUUGCAAAGGCUGCAUUUGUUAACGGAAGAAGCUCUUGACGUGCAAUAGCUGAAUGAAGGGGAGAAAUGGUGUUUUCUGCUUUCCAAAAUAGAAGGAGCCACGGUUACUAUAAGUUAAAGCUGAAGGAGUUUCUAAUUGGGAACUGUUAGGACUACAGUAUGUUCUGAAUUAUAGCUGUCUGGCCAAUAUGCUUCUAAAUAAAGUUACAGAAUUGCCCCCAAAAAUGAAAUAACUCAGCACAUGUUCUUAUCAAACAUAGCAACAUCUUCCAUAGGGCUUACCUCUCUACAUCUUUUGCGACAGCAUCUUUUUUUUUCUUUUUCUUUUUUUCCCACUUUAAUUUUUUUAAUCCCCUUUUUGGGGUAUGUGAUGUACUCAACACAGUGUCCCGGGGAACAUUUCGUGUUGUCUAUUAACGAAAGGCAGUUUGCUGAAACUAAAUGCAGGAGGAGGGGAGAUGGCUUGAAAAGAUUUUGGGUAAAAAGAAAUAAAUAACAUUCAGGCUUUGAAAGGUGGAGAAAGCUGCGAUUCCAGAAGUGUGCAUUAAUGAGCGAAUGCUGCUUCAGAGCUGUUAGCUGAGGUUGGAUGUGGACAUUUCGGCUCCCUCAGAGGAUGCUGAGGACAAUCAGUGCGUCCUGGGAAUGGGCACUCUGCUUAGGAAGUGGUGUAAAUAGUCACCGAGGGGGGAUGGAGGCGUUGUAAGAGCUUGCGGCCGAGCAGAGCAGCGCUUCUUAGCAGAGCAAAAGAACUCGGGAUUCCAGCAGCAGUGCUCUCUGUAUAUCCAGAGCCCUUUAUUGGGAGUGGUUUGUUCUGUUGUGUUUGUGGGAUAACUUCUGAGGAGGCCCCAAAGGAGCUUCAGUUGUGAGCAGGUGGAGGGUCUGAGCUGAAAGAGGAACCUGACGAAAAUGAGGAGAACCCCCUGCGUUUUGCAGGGCUAAAUACUGUUCUUCCUAUAGAAAGCAACAUCUCCCCUUGCCUCCUGCUUGUGUUUCCGCUGCAAGGGAGCUGUGAAAAUGCCAUGUGUAAUGGUGUAAUUAAGCAAAAGCCCUCAGGAACCUACUGUCCUUUGUGCUGUGCCGCUGCCUUCGUCUUGGAAACGUGAGGUUUCUGAAAGGAGUUUUCAAGCUUUGAGUGGGGGAACCAAGGCCAGGAGGCUCAGUGUCAGCAUAGCGGGUGUCUGUGUGGGCCCUGCUAGGAUGUCUUUGGAAAUGGGGAAUGCUAAGCUGUCCAGCGUGCUUUGGUGAAGAAACUGGUGAGGAGUCCUUGGGGCAGAUAAAGGGGAACGCUUCACGGAGUGUGGGCUGCUGUUAUCUCACAUGCUGAGCAAACCCCCUUCCUCAGCCAUUUCAGAGACACGUUUCAUUUUGCAGCAGAGGGGAAGGCAGGCCAGUGGGCUUCUGCAGACAGCAAGUUCCUGAAUGGUUAAACUGUGCAUCCUUCCAACGUGCCAGCCUGCGUCACGGGUCGGGGGGGAAGGCUUCCUGUCUUGUGGGAACUGCUUGGGAGAGGGCUUAGAUCUUCAGGAAAUGGGGAGAUGGGGCUGUGACCCCGCGGAGAUGCUGGCAUGGUGCGGAUCCAAGGAUUGGUUGUUGGACUGCCUGCACCAGGCUGAGCUGUGUGGUUGUUUAACAGAUCUUCAGUACGUUCAGGGCUGAACGUGAGAUGUGCAGAGUGUCUCUGGGUGCUUCUGCUCUCGGUGUAUUUUUAACCUCAGCAGUAAAAACAUCUGUAGUAUUGGGGUGCGGUGGGGAGCGCAGGAAGAGAGAGCUGCAGGAUGGGUCCCUGUCCUUUUCUCUCUGAAAAGGGACGUUGGCUGUGGUCCCUCAUUGGUUUUGCAUUUAGAAAUAUCUUUGUUUCUGUGUUUUAAAUGAAAGCUUGGUAAUCUCAUGCUGCAAGGGAAGGCGGCACUCCUAUAGAGCCAUCUUUGGUUUGAAGCACAGUAUUCUUUUGAUGCUGUGGAUAAUACAACUCAAGUCUGUGUAGUCGUUCUUAUUGCUUUUGUUUUGAGAUUUUUGGGGUUGUCUCCAAUUACUUACCUCUCUGCCUUUCAGUGAUUGAUAGGAAGGCCAGCAAAAUCUCAUUUUAUGUAUAUUAAAACUUAAAGUUUACAUCAAGCAAAAACCCAGUGGCUGAAAGAGAGAUCCUUGCUUUCUACUGUCACCUCAAAUAUUCAUUCCCUAUGAAUUUCAGUCAUCUCAAUUUAGCCUUGUGUGUUUUAACUGUUUAGUAGUGAAACUUCUCUAGAGUGCAGAGAGAAAAAUAGUGUCACUGUAGCUGAAGCAGACCCAGAGGAGCUCUCCUGCUGCUUUAACUAUCGCUGCUUUGCAAAUGUGCAAGGACACAGUGGUGAAGUAGCUGCUUGGUCUCUGAUGCUGACACAAUAGCAGGACAUGCUGGCGCUGCUCAGCAGAGGAGAGGAGGGAAUGGGUUGAGCAGAGCAGGCGUUGGCUUCAUGCUUGUGCUGGAGGUGUGAGUUUGGAUGCCUGCUUUUCAUGCAUGUUGCAAAGCAAAUAAAAUCAUUGGGCUUCUCAAAACCUCGCCAUGGAUUUCUCUGGCUUUUUCCCCCGCUCUGUACAGGCAGUUCCCUGCCCCCAACAGCCCACUACAACGCACUACACUGAGCUCGUCUUCAUUGUAACAGUUAGCCUUUAAGACAAUCAUCUUCUGUGUUCUGAUUUCAUGGAAAAUAGCUUUGCUUUGGCCAAGAGCAGCCAGGAGGUGCCACAGCCCAUGUCUGAGUUUCCUCUUCCUCCUCGCCUCCUCUGGCUGGGUUCUCCCUCCCGCCCCACACGGGCAGCCCUGCAGCGAUGGGGCACCCCACUGCCAGCCCCACUGCCAGCCCCACUGCCAGCCCCACUGCCAGCCUUCUGCUUGCAUCUUUUCCAGCCCUGCUCUGCCUGCAAAUGUUCCUGCACAUCGCUUGGGUUUCUCCGGGAGCAUGAGCAGAUGCAAACGUUGCCAAGAGUUUGUGCUUAAUUGUUAAGGAGAACAGAGACAAACUACUUUUAUUUUGAAGCUAAAACGUUCUUUUAUCUUGCUGGCUAGGCCAGAUGUAUCAUAUGGUUUGACAUAGGCUGAGCUCAGAGCUACUGCACCUCGCAGUGCACUCGCUAUCACUUCAUUAUGUUUUCCCCCCUCUUUUUAAUGAUUGUGGCUGUGGUAUGCUUUUAAGGUUGGCUGUACCAGGUCAUGUUGUAUUAUAAAUCCUCACAGAGGAAGCCAGCACCCCUUCAGAUCAGCAGGUCACAUCUCAAAUCCUCUUGCAGUUGGACACUGCGCAUUUAACCAGUUUAACCCGUGUGCCUUCGUCCCCCUCCUCACGGGUCAGCCCCUUGAUGAAGCAGUACAAAAGCAUCACAGGGAUGUCCCUGUGCCACACCGCGUCCCUCCCCAUCCCUGCUCCCCUUGCCUUUUUUUUUUGUGGACAAGGGCUACUCUUGAAGGCCACUGAAACAGAACACAUUCUGGGUUUAAAAGGCUUUUUUUUUUCCAGGCAAGCGAUCAGUUUGAGGCCUGGCACCCUGUCAGAAAGUUGACAGAUGAUCUGCAUUACCGGGGCGUCCCCGGGAUGCCCGGGCUGAUCGCCGCUCCAAUGGACGCUGGAGCCUGCAGGUUCUCUGUGAAAUGGCUGCAGCUUGGAGGGAGCAGUGAAAUGGUCUCCUCUGGGCAUGCUCACUCUGUAGAGGGAGCUUUUAUCACAUGAGCAGAAACUGAAUCACUGCUCAUGAGGAUCUGGAAUAUGCAACUCUUUGAGUCUUCCCCAGGAGAAGACCACAGAUGUCUGCAGCAAACAGUGCUGAGUAAGGGAGAGACAAGGAAAGACGCCUGCAUGAAGACUGAACUGCUGAAAGAUAUCACCAACAACAAGGAGGAAGGGUUCAAUGCCAUGGCUGCGGAUGAAAGUGCUACAGAAAAGCAAGUGGGGGAACCAAAAAUGGCUGUAGAUGGUGAAACCAACGGUUCCUGUGAGCACGGCGAGGCUGGGAGCCACCCAAACCCAGCGAAAAACACUCAGGACAAUACGAAAGUGAGCCAGCAGGACUCUAGUACUAAAUUAAAUAGGAUAGCAGAAAAUGGCAUUUCUGAACGAGACGGUGAGACUGGGAAGCAAAACCAUAUGAAAGCUAAUGACUUCACACAGACUUCUCUAACAGGGAGCAAUGGAUAUAUUCUAACCAAGCAGAUGGCGCAGGAGCAACCUCUAAGGACUACCAGCACCUUUGCUUCUCUCACUGGCCAUGCUGCAAAAACCCUUCCAGGAGGAGCAAGCAAAGGGAGAACUGUGGGCACCUUUUCUCAGAUGCAAGCCACGAUGCCAACCAAGCUCGGGGAGGGCAGUAAGGACAUGGAUGCUAAAAAAGCCACUGCUGCUAAUGCUGAAGUCAAGGUCCACAGAGCACGGAAGACAAUGCCUAAACCCACCCCUAGCCUGGAAUUGCUUCCUGAAUUGGGAUCGAAGCUGAAUCUUAAACAGCAUGCAAGUAAAGACCCCAAAGAUGGGAGAGACAGCAGAGAUCAAAAAGAACCUAAAGAGGAAGGCAACAAAAACAUCCUGGAGUUUGGGAAGCCGUUGCCAUUGCCCUCUCUCCCGGGCCUUCACCAGUCACUACCUCAGAACCAGAGCUAUGUGGCCACCUCCAAGUCGCAGACGGCUGCUGCAGUAUCUCGAAAGAAAAAACGGAGAAUGGGAACCUAUAGCCUGGUUCCCAAGAAAAAGACCAAAGUGUUAAAACAGAGAACAAUGAUUGAGAUGUUUAAGAGCAUAACUCAUUCCUCUGCGGGUGCCAAGAGUGAAAAGGAGCUAGGUGAUGUCAGCCCUCACGUGAAUGGGGAGAGCAUAGAUGUAGACUCUGAAGAGGAAGACUCUGAUGAGUUGGAAGAUGAGGACGAUCACGGAGCAGAACAGGCAGCUGCAUUUCCUGCAGACGAUAACAGGACCUCUAAAGACAGCGCGUCUGACGCAGACAAUGUCAGAAAGAUUGAUGAUGGCGACUCUGAGGAGGAACAAGAGUCUGCAGAGUCUGGAGAGGAUGAGGAGGAUGGAGAUGAAUCUGACUUGAGCUCGGAGUCCAGCAUCAAGAAGAAGCUGCUGAAGAGGAAAGGAAAGACAGACAGCCCAUGGCUGAAACCCACCCGCAAGAGGAGACGGAGGAAUAAAAAGAAACAAGCCAAUGUGCUAGGUGCUGAAGCCUAUAAAUCAUCGUUAGGAGGCAGAGAGGGCUCUGCCCAGGAUAACAGCAUGGAGUACAUGGAGGUGUCUCUGGAUUCCUUGGAUCUGCGGGUGAAGGGAAUCCUCUCCUCGCAGGCGGAAGGUCUUUCCAAUGGUCCUGAAGCAAUGGAAGUUGAUGGUCUCCAGGAAGUUCCCCUCUGUAGCUGUCGAAUGGAAACCCCCAAAAGCAGAGAGAUCACCACGCUAGCCAACAACCAGUGCAUGGCCACCGAGAGUGUGGAUAAUGAGCUGGGCCGAUGCACAAACAGUGUGGUUAAGUAUGAACUGAUGCGCCCGUCUAACAAAGUCCAGCUUUUGGUGCUGUGUGAGGACCAUAGAGGGAGGAUGGUGAAACACCAGUGUUGCCCUGGCUGUGGAUACUUUUGCACUGCAGGCACUUUCAUGGAGUGUCAGCCUGAGAGCAGCAUCUCCCACCGUUUCCACAAGAACUGUGCCUCCCAGGUCAACGACACGAGCUACUGCCCACACUGCGGGGAAGAUGCCUCCAAGGCAAAGGAGGUGACAAUAGCAAAAGCAGACACAACUUCCACGGUGUCGCUGACCUACGAGCAGCAGAAACCAGCAGCAGUGGAGGGAAGGGCUGACACCACGACAGGAAGUGUCACUGGAACGCGGUUGUCUGAGGAAGACAAGCCAGAAAGUUCGGCUGCAGAGGGAUUUGACUUAGCUGGAUCUUCAGUUUUUCCAAAGCCUACUACUAGCCUGACCCAGGGACCAGUUAAAGAAACUCUGGAAAGUGCCCUGAUUGCCCUGGACUCUGAAAAACCCAAGAAGUUACGGUUCCAUCCAAAACAGUUGUACUUCUCCGCGAGGCAAGGAGAGCUGCAAAAAGUCCUGCUUAUGUUGGUGGAUGGAAUUGACCCUAAUUUUAAAAUGGAGCAUCAGAGUAAGAGAACCCCUCUGCAUGCUGCUGCUGAGUCUGGCCAUGUGGACAUCUGCCAUAUGCUGAUUCAGGCUGGUGCGAAUAUAGACAGCUGCUCUGAAGACCAGCGGACCCCACUGAUGGAAGCAGCUGAAAACAACCACCUGGAAACUGUGAAAUACCUUAUCAAGGCUGGAGCACUAGUAGAUCCUAAGGAUGCGGAGGGCUCCACGUGUCUGCACUUGGCUGCCAAGAAGGGGCACUACGACGUUGUUCAGUAUCUCCUGUCCAUAGGGAAGAUGGAUGUCAACUGCCAGGACGACGGAGGCUGGACGCCGAUGAUCUGGGCCACUGAGUACAAGCAUAUCGAACUGGUGAAGCUACUGCUUGCAAAGGGGUCAGACAUCAACAUUCGAGACAAUGAGGAAAAUAUUUGUUUGCACUGGGCUGCUUUUUCUGGCUGUGUUGACAUUGCAGAGAUUCUGCUGGCUGCUAAGUGUGAUUUACAUGCGGUGAAUAUUCAUGGAGAUUCCCCCCUGCACAUUGCAGCCAGGGAGAACCGCUACGAGUGUGUUGUUCUGUUUCUUUCCCGUGGCUCGGAUGUUACUUUAAAGAACAAGGAGGGUGAGACUCCACUCCAGUGCUCCAGCCUUAACUCUCAGGUCUGGGUGGCUCUACAGAUGAACAAAACACUCAGAGAAUCAUCGACUGAAAAGCCUGUCCAGAUUGAGAAGGUAGUGAGCAGAGACAUUGCCCGGGGCUAUGAGAGGAUCCCGAUUCCCUGUGUCAAUUCAGUGGACAGUGAGCCUUGUCCUAGCAACUACAAGUAUGUCUCACAGAACUGUGUCACCUCCCCAAUGGACAUUGAUAGAAACAUCACCCAUUUACAGUAUUGCGUCUGUAUAGACGACUGCUCCUCCAGUAACUGCAUGUGUGGCCAACUCAGUAUGCGCUGCUGGUAUGAUAAGGACGGCCGACUCCUGCCUGAAUUCAACAUGGCUGAGCCCCCACUGAUCUUUGAGUGCAAUCAUGCCUGCUCCUGCUGGCGGACCUGUAGGAACCGGGUGGUGCAGAAUGGGCUCAGGACUCGAUUGCAGCUCUAUCGGACGCAAAAGAUGGGCUGGGGUGUGCGAACGAUGCAAGACAUUCCACUGGGAACCUUUGUGUGCGAGUAUGUUGGUGAGCUGAUAUCUGACUCUGAGGCAGACGUCCGUGAAGAGGACUCCUACCUUUUCGACCUUGACAACAAGGAUGGAGAGGUGUACUGCAUAGAUGCCCGUUUCUAUGGCAACAUCAGCCGCUUUAUAAACCACCUCUGUGAGCCAAACCUCAUUCCCGUGCGAGUCUUCAUGUCUCACCAGGACCUCCGCUUUCCCAGGAUCGCCUUCUUCAGCACGAGGCACAUAGAGGCUGGAGAAGAAAUUGGCUUUGACUACGGUGACAGGUUCUGGGACAUCAAAGGCAAAUUCUUCAGCUGUCAGUGCGGUUCACCCAAGUGCAAACACUCGAGCUCAGCGCUGGCCCAGAGGCAGGCGAGCACCUCAUCCCAGGACACGCAGGAAAAUGGGCUCCCCGACACCAGCUCUGCCACAGCAGCCGGCCCCUUUUGAGGCUCCGCUCCUCAGAGACUGACUCGUUUUAACCCUAUAGAUUCACAUACUGUCUGAAUUUUCCAUUUAAAGAGAGAAAACCCGCUCGAGGAAAGCCAGGGCUUCGUGACACUUAGGGCUGUGCCGCCGACUGUUACUUCAGGAAUAAGUGAAAGCAAAUCUCACCUCUGUGGUGUUGUUCUCCCCUCCUGGUCCUGGAAAGCUGCUGGUUCUUACCGUGCCGAGGGGUGGCUGUUGCAUUUUUUUUUUUCCCAUGCCAGCUGUCCUGGCCUCCGUCUCUUAAUGUUCUUAAGUGUUGUCAGAGCCCAGGGAGAGCCGCCCGUCCUCUGAACGUUGUUAAUUGAAUGGAUCGCUCAUGCCAAGUCAUCUCCAGUUCACUUGUAAUAAACUUUGAGUACUUGAUGGGACUUUCUUUCUCAAGGCCGGGGGGAGCAGGGCAGGAGGGAGGCGCUGGCCAGGCUCUGCUGGUUGGUUUCAUUGCUCAGUUUGGUUGAAUUCCUCCCACAUCUCGCAGGACGUUGCGGUGGGGCCUCUCAUAGAAUCGUUUGAGUUGGAAGGGACCCUGAAGGUCAUCUGCUCCAACUCCUGCUUGCCCUACGCAUUUCUAACCGAUGCCUCCUCGUUACCCAUUGGCUUCUUACUCUUCCGAUGACAAGAACUCCACCAUGCUUAACCCCUUUGGUCCCUGAGCCAGCCAGAGACGCUUCCCUAAACCCCUCUCUGAAGCCCUCCAGCUCCAACCAGCUCCCGGCCACGCGGCGGAUCCAGCAUUUGCUUCAUCAAUGGAAGGAUCUCCCUCUCCUGCGGCGGUUGUAGAGAGGGAACGUUGAAGGGGAUUGUGUGAGACACUAACUGCUAAAGGAAAUCACUUUUUUUUAAUGAGAACACGGAUGAGAGAGACGUUGCAGAGACCCCCUGGGCGAGCAGCAGAGGGGCCGUGUUGCAGAGAAGCCCCCGAUGCCACCAGCUCGUCUGCUCCCAUCAAAGUGCUCAACUCCGGGCACCUUUGGUUCGUUUUUAAGCCACACGCUAUGAGGUUUCAAGAAACUGAUUUAUUUUUUACCAUUAUCGAAACAUUGGGGAGUAGCAUU